GUGUGUGUGGUAGCGUUUGUACAACUACAUAGUGGUCGUCUUGUGUUAUUUUAACUUUUAUUUAUUUAUGAUUUAUUAAAAGUUAAUUUUACAGUAAAAAAUAUUUGUUAAGUAGCAAUUCUAGCUUUAAAACGUUAGGUGAAAGACUCAGAAUGCUAAAAACUAGUGUGUAAAUAUUAAUCCAACAGGUACUGUUAGAGUACCUCACCUGCGUAGUCCCUUCCUACUACAAAAGAAUCAUUUCGUGCGUCUUACGUUAUUCCAAUAGUGUUAACGAGGCACCAUGGCAGAAGCCCACUCAGCUGUUGCCUUCUCAUUUGCCAUCACCCACGAUGGCUGGGAUGUCAACUUUGACCGAGAAGUGCUUUAUCUGGUCUGGGAGUCUGGUCUGCGCUCCUGGAAGAAACGUCUGGCUCGCUUCAAGAACAGCGUCCUAAAUGGAGUAUACCCCGGACAUUUGCAGUCACUGUAUGUGCUGUGGACCCUGCUCGCAGCAGCGCAUUUUGGAGGCUUUCAUAUACCCUUUGGUUUAGUACAAAAAGCACUAACCGUGUUACCUGGCUCCUCGACGAUGUGGCAAGUAAUCGCUUGUUUAUUGGCCGCCCUCACGAUGUGGCUCUCCGUUAUAUUUCUCAUGAGAUAUAUGCUAAAGGUGCUGCUUAUGUACAAGGGUUGGAUGUACGAAUCGCGCGCACCCGGGUCGAAGAUAUCACUGAAAACAAAGUUAUGGGCUAGCGUGGUCAAAGUGUUGUCGGGCUGGAACAAGCCCCGGCUGUACAGCUUCCAGGGCUCGCUGCCGAGACUGCCCCUGCCCAGCGUGAAGGACACCAUGAAGAGGUACUUGAUCAGCGUGCGGCCCUUGUUAGACGAUGACAAUUAUCGCCGAGUGGAAAGACUAGCGAAAGAGUUUGAAGAGACAAUCGCUGUCAAACUACAGAGAUAUCUCGUGCUGAAAUCAUGGUGGUCAUCCAACUACGUGUCGGAUUGGUGGGAGGAGUACGUUUACCUGAGGGGAAGGUCGCCUCUCAUGGUCAACUCCAACUUCUACGGAACCGACGCCAUUCUGCUGAAGCCCACGAACAACCAAGCGGCGCGCGCCGGGGUGGUCAUAUACCUCUGUCUGCAGUUCCGAAGGCUUAUUGAUAGACAGGAACUGGAACCGAUAAUGCUACAAGGCAUGGUGCCGCUGUGCUCGGCGCAGUACGAGCGGCUGUUCAACACGGUGCGCGUGCCCGGCGUCGAGAGCGACAAGAUCGUGCACUACCAGGACUGCAGCCACAUCACAGUCUACCACAAGGGCCGCUACUUCAAGGUCAUCAUCUACUACAGGGGACGCCUGCUCAAGCCGGCGGAGAUACAAGUCCAAAUCCAGCAGAUCCUGGACGACAAGUCGGCGCCGCUGCCGCGCGAGCCGGAGCUGGCCGCGCUGACGGCGGGCGAGCGCUCGCACUGGGCGCACAUCCGCCAGACCAUGUUCAACCGCGGUCACAACCGCACCUCGCUGCACUGUAUCGAGCGAGCUGCCUUCAACGUCUGCUUAGAUGACAUGGCGUACGGGUACGACGAGAACGACCCGAGCAAGUUGGACGAGUACGGGCGCGUGUUGCUGCACGGCAAGGGCUGCGACCGCUGGUUCGACAAGUCCUUCAAUCUGUGCUUCAGCACCAACGGCUACGUCGGAUUCAAUGCGGAACAUACUUGGGCCGACGCGCCUGUGAUGGCUCAUCUUUGGGAAUAUGUUAUUUGGAGCGAAAUAGAAAUCGGGUACGCUCCGGACGGCAACACCCUCGGGUCGGUGGACGCGCCGCCGCCGGCGCCGGCCCGGCUGCAGUGGGAGCUGGCGCACGAGGAGCUGGCCACGGCCAUCGACAGCUCCUACUGCGUCGCGCAGAAGCUGCUCAACGACGUCGACCUCAAGAUACUCAUGUACAACAAGUAUGGAAAAGGGUUCAUGAAGAAAUGCCGCGUGUCCCCGGACGCGUUCAUCCAGCUGGUCCUGCAGCUGUCGUACUACCGCACGGCGGGCCGGUUCUGCCUCACGUACGAGGCGUCCAUGACGCGCCUGUUCCGCGAGGGCCGCACCGAGACCGUGCGCCCCUGCACCAUCGAGAGCUCCGCCUGGGUCACGGCCAUGGAGAACCCUAACGCCACCGUUGAAGAGAAGCUCGAGCUGUUCAGCAUAGCCGGGCGGCGGCACCAGCUGGGCUACCAGGACGCGAUGGCCGGGCGCGGCAUCGACCGCCACCUGUUCUGCCUGUACGUGGUGUCCAAGUACCUGGAGCUGGAGUCGCCCUUCCUGCAGGAGGUCUUCAACGAGCCCUGGCGGCUCUCCACCAGCCAGACCCCGCACGGUCAAACUAGCCAGCUGGACCUGAAGAAGCACCCGAAGUGCAUCAGCACGGGCGGCGGGUUCGGCCCCGUGGCGGACGACGGCUAUGGCGUCUCCUACAUCAUCGCCGGCGAGGACCUGGUGUUCUUCCACGUCUCCAGCAAAAAGAGCUGCCCCAAGACGAGUUCGACUAACUUCGUGAAUCAAAUAGAAAGAUCCCUGAAAGACGUCCAAGACCUCUUCAACGAAUAUAAUAAAAAAAAGAAUGGGGCUAAUAACAGUAAAUAGUAGUAGUACUAGCGUACAGUUUUAUAAAAUAUCGCAGUCUCUUGUUGUUGUUGUAUUGAUUAUGUAGUUUAGUAAAAUUUUAAAAUAUUAGGUUUAUGCGAGGACUACGAGUAUUUGCUAAGUUUUCCAAUUUUUUUUUGUAGCGAGACAUAGGCACAAAUGUACAAGGACCAAAACCAUCAAAACAUCGGCAUGU